UCCUCCCCGUCGCCCUAUGUGCUCUUGCGCAUGCGCGCUCGGAAUAAAGUGCCGUCGGGCAAAAGCUGAACCGCAUUUUCCUUUAGCAAAAGUCUGCGUCGCGUGGGCAGGUGACGGCGUCCCCGUCUUCCGUGUAAGGUCUCGGUUGCCAGUGACCUUCCGUCUUUUGGUAGAAGGAGCGCUGCCCUUGCCGCUGCCGUCGGGCACCUGGUCGCCGUGGAGCCGCGAUAGCGAGGCGGGAACUUUACUUUUGUUGGCCACCAUGUUUGUGUUAGUGGAGAUGACUGAUACUGUGCGGAUUCCUCCAUGGCAGUUUGAAAGGAAGCUUAAUGAUGCUAUCACUGAAGAGUUGAAUAAGAAGUUAGCCAAUAAGGUUGUGUAUAAUGUUGGCCUCUGCAUCUGCCUUUACGACAUCACAAAACUGGAAGAUUCCUACAUAUUCCCAGGAGAUGGUGCAUCACAUACAAAAGUGCAUUUUCGGUAUGUUGUGUUUCACCCCUUUCUGGAUGAAAUUCUGGUUGGAGUAAUAAAAGGCUGCAGUCUGGAAGGAGUUCGGGUUUCACUUGGGUUCUUUGAUGACAUCAUCAUUCCUCCAGAAUCCCUACAGCAACCUGCCAAGUUUGAUGAAGCAGAACAAGUAUGGGUUUGGGAAUAUGAGACUGAAGAAGGAGCCCAUGACCUGUAUAUGGAUACAGGAGAGGAAAUCCGUUUCCGUGUGGUUGAUGAAACUUUCAUUGACACAUCCCCAACAGGCCCAAGCUCUGCAGAGCCCUCCACCUCUAGUGCCACAGAGGAGGUGCAGAAGAAGGAAGCCCCCUACACACUAGUGGUAACUAUUUAACACUACUCCUUUCUACAUAAAAGGGACCCAGGUGGCGCUGUGGGCUAAACCACUGAGCCUAGGGCUUGCUGAUCAGAAGGUCGGCGGUUCGAAUCCCUGUGACGGGGUGAGCUCCCGUUGCUUGGUCCCGGCUCCUGCCAACCUAGCAGUUCGAAAGCACAUCAAAAUGCAAGUAGAUAAAUAAGAACCGCUAUAGCGGGAAGGUAAAUGGCGUUUCCAUGUGCUGCUCUGGUUUGCCAGAAGUGGCUUUGUCAUGCUGGCCACAUGACCUGGAAGCUAUACGCCGGCUCCCUCGGCCAAUAAUGCGAGAUGAGCGCGCAACCCCAGAGUCAGUCACGACUGGACCAAAUGGUCAGGGUUCCCUUUACCUUUACCUUUCUACAUAGGCUUUUGAAAUAUCCUUUCACUACCUAAAAGUAGUCACAUCCUUGGUGAUAGGAUGUAGACCUUAUUCUUUCAGCCAUUUAUAAUUGUGAGGAAAGGGUAUGAGGAUCUCUAAGUGACCUCUGAAAAACACAGAAUUCAGAGAAUACUGCAGAUUAAAUGGAUAAUCCAGAUUUUCAUGUGCUAAAUUCUAACAUAUAUUCUUUCUCUGUGCAGGGAUCUAUCAGUGAACCUGGUCUGGGUCUCCUAUCCUGGUGGACAAACAGUUAGCCAAAGGGGGAGACUUCCACAAAAUGGGCAUUUACCAGAUUGGAAAAGCCACUGUGUGCAUUUUUCUCUCCUUAGAAAGCAACUGCAGAAUGGAAGCUUUGUGUUUCUAUUUCUACUUUGCCCUACUUCUGAAGUAGAAGACGAGUGGGAACAUCCAGUGUGAUGUCAUCAACACAGAAUAUUUGCAUACCAUGGCCCUGUCAACAAACUCUUGUGGUUCUGAUCUUUCCACCUAGCAGAACUGGGUACAAGAGCCUAGGAAGAAUCUGCUACCCUAAAAGAAAUUUAAGACAGGCCUUGUGUUUAAAGCAGAUGCAAGAAGAAACUUUGAAGAACUUCAGUCUAGAAGAAACCAGUAGCGAUUUGAGAGGUGGAGAGGAAUGAUAUUAUGAAAGCUUGCAGUCAUUUUACUGAAUCCCUCUUGUUCCUUUUCCCCAUUUGGAUGGAGGUGUUUCUGACAGUGGAGGAAAUUCAUGCCCUUGGCUUUUAAAGGUCACAUACUGAUGAGGAAGAUGAAUAAAGCUAGGGCAAGGGUAAGAAUCGAAUCUAUAUAGCCAUCAGGCUGCCUCCAAUGGGUCUUCCUGAAUAUCUUGGAACUAUUUGCCCUGGAAAAUUCAGUGAGCCACUGUACUUGCAGAACACACUAAUAACUGGGGUUAGUAAGUCUGCAGUGUUUAGAGAGCAAACAAACCUUGUUAGCUACCCUUCUUAAUCUUGCUGUCUUCCAUGAAAACAUGUGACUUCAGUUUGUUUUUAACUUAGAAACGUAGAUGGACUAUAGCCUUUUUUCCCUCUACAGAACAAAAUUCUAAUGAAAGCUGCUGUAGAUAUGAAUGACACCUCAAAACUCAACAACUUUUGUUGACUUUCUGUAUAAGGAGGAAGAGAUUCACAUCUUGAAGUAGAUAAUACUUCCUUGGGCAUUGGAUAGGAGUGCAAACAUAGACAAUGGCCAUUCAGUUUUUGGUCUUUGACUGCAUUGUAGUGGAAAAUAUAGAACAUUGGGCAACAGUGCAAAAGGCACACAAAGACACAAUCACAAUACACAAUAAAAACAUUCCUAUGGCAUAGGACUAUGUAUGUGGACCACUAAUGAGAAAAGCAAAGCUAGGACUACCAGAGCAUCAGGUGAUAAAUAAAGCUCUUCAUUUUAAGAAGGCCUUUGACGUGCAUGUCUUAUGGUAACAUACUUGAAUAGAGCCUGCUUCUUGAUGACAAUAUAUUUGGCUUACUGGUGAAGUCACUCUGACUUGGCUGUUCCUGCUUCAAAGCCUUGAUUGGAGGUUUUAAUGCUGUUGUAACCCACUGAGGGUUGUGCAGGACAUCUGCUUCUGAUGUUCCUAUGUGAGGUGAUUAAUGCAGAGCCAAUGUCUUUCUAAUAAAUAUUGCUAGUGUAUAAUGACUGGAACAGCAGCUUUGGUUAUAAAGGAUAUACGAGUUAACUAUACAGCCAGAGAAGUGGCAAGGCCAUCAGGUUUUUAACUGCUUUUCAAUGAAAGCCUCCUGAAAUGUAGGGACCUGAAGUUCUAAUAAACUUUGCACUGGUUUAAAUCUUCUAUUUUAUUGUAUAGUGCUGCCUAAAAGAAUUUACAUUUUGUGUGUGAUGUUGACAUGACACAUCAACCAAUUGAAUAGGUACACAGUUUUUAAGCACCUAAAUAAAGUUCCCCAGAAAUAACCACUUUUCUUUCUUGCCAUUAAGCAAAGGCUUUUCUAUUGUGACUCCGUCAAUAUAGAAUCUGAACAAGCUUAAUUAAUAAAUACACUCAGGCUCCUAGCCAAUAACCAAUUAUGUGUGACUUAGCACCACUGAAAUCAUUAAGACUUUUGAGUAGACAUGAUUUUUUAUUUAAAAUAUAGUUUAAUCAUUAGAAUUUCUGUUCAAUGACAUUUUAAAAAAUCAUAUAUUUAAAAAAUAAGAAAUUAUAAACUCAACCACUGCUUUAAAAUGCUUGCUGAACCAGAGAGUCAUGUAGCUGAAGUUCAAGAAGUGCAUUGUCUAAGCUUUGUCGAGGGUUGGGCCCACUGCACUGAUUGUACAACAUUGUACUGCUUUUAUUCCACAUGGUUGGAAGGACACAUUUGAAAUCCAUAAGUGAACUUUAGAGAAUAUUAGAAUCAUCGUCUUUAUUUUAACCCUUGUAUAUAACACACUUCAAUGUGGAAAAUUCCCAAGAUGACUUAUCAAUGCAUCCAGCAGAGUAACAAAGUAAUCCAAAAAUUAAAACAUAAACAUAAACCAAAGGCAGUGUUAAAUUCACAGCUCAAAGGACUGCAGAAAUAAGCUUUGUGUGUGUGCCAUUUUCUGACCAGUCAAUGUUUUAGUAAAUCUGCCACAAUUCUUGAGUAAUGCUAUUCCAAGAUGGCCUAGAUUAAAAAUGGAAUCAAAUACAGGUGAAACUCGGAAAAUUAGAAUAUCGUUGAAAAGCGCAUUUAUUUCAGUAAUGCAACAAAAGGUGAAACCAAUAUAUGAGAUAGGUGUAUGUAUGACAUCCAAAGCAAGAUAUGUCAAGCCUUUAUUUGUUGUAAUUAUUUGUCGUUAGGUGGGUCAAUUAUAAAUGGAAUGUAAUUAAUGACCAAACUGCGGGAGGCAGUGCAAGACAGGAGUGCCUGGCAUGCUAUGGUCCAUGGGGUCACGAAGAGUCGGACACGACUAAACGACAACAACAAUUAAUGAAAUGCAAUAGCGAUGUUUAUUUUUGUAUUAUUGUAAGUAUUUGUUUUAUUACUGUGGAAUUUCCAAAAGAAAGCAUUUGUAAAAAUUAAAAGAAAAAUUAAAAAUAAGUUGCAUUACUGAAAUAAAUGCACUUUUCAACGAUAUUCUAAUUUUCCGAGUUUCACCUGUAAAAUUGGAAUUUAAAGCGCCUUAUAAAAUUCAUAACAAGCACUCAUAACAUCUAAUUCACAAUACAAAACAUUAGUCUAAAACCGCCCCCAGCAAUUUGCACAUAGCUCCCGUGUCAAAAACUGAAUUGCUAGCAUUUGAUCUAUACUAAAAUAUGGCGGAAGCCUUUUAGCUGGUUGCAGCCCCCGCAACCCCUCACUUGGAAACAAUUCGUGUUUACCCAACGUUGUUGUCGGAGCGAGUUCUUGGCAUCCCAGCAGCUUGUUUCCAGCACAUAAACUGCCUCGAAAUCUCCCCUUGCCGAGGCGUUUCCUG